GAUGAGAAUGAAACUCUAGUUCAGAUGUGCAAACUUGGAACAAUUUUUUGAACAAUCAAACAAGAAACAAGCAAUCAAAAAAUUGUUUUAUGAUUUCUUGACAGGUGCUCUUCAAACAACAUAAGCAGUGUAUAUCCAUAAAUAAGCAAAAUAAAACAAACAGGGGAAAAGCAGGAAUACGAAACUUAAAUGCAAUACUGAGACAAUUAUAAAAAAAAGCUAAUGUAACAAACGUUCAGUGAGUUUCCCAGGUCUUAUUUUAAUUUGAAGCCCCAUAAAAACUAUGUCUGACGAAGAAAAAGACAUGGAUGCAAACAUGAGCGAUGAGCAAGGAAAUUCUAAUACAGAAUCUAGCAGUGACGAUGAAGAUAAGGAACUUAUGGCAAAAGUAGAGGAGCUAGAGAAACAGAUAUCUGCUAACAAAUACCUCUACGAUGCUCACUUGGAAUUAGUUGAACUAUACAGAAAACUAGGAGAUCUCAAUUCUUUACGAGAGUCCUAUGAGAGGUUUCACGAAUGUUUUCCACUCACACCAAAGAUAUGGCUAGACUGGAUCAGAGAUGAAAUCAAAAUAGCUAGUAGUGAGGAGGAGAAAAAGAGGGUUUUCCAGAUUUUUGACAAAGCGGUUGAAGAUUAUUUGUCUGUAGAACUAUGGACGGAGUAUGCACAGUACUCUAUAGGCGUGAGCAAUCUAGAAACCACACGUUCGAUCAUUGAACGUGGUUUGACAUGCGCAGGUUUACAUGCUAGUGAGGGCCAUCUGUUAUGGGAUACUUUGAGGGAGUUAGAAAAUGCUCAUAUAUCAUUACAAGAAAAAGGCUCUGAGGCGUGGACUGCCCAAGUAAAACGCUUAGGUGACAUUUUUAAACGACAGCUGUCAGUUCCACUGAUGAAUAUAGAAAACACUUACGAAGAAUGGCAACAGUGGCACAAAACUUUACCAGAUAGUCUAUAUGACCCUAAGCCGGUAGAGUGGGGUUACAAAAAGGCGCGAAAAAUCUUGGGCGACUAUAAGCCCUUUGAGGAACGACUUUUGAUCGCGCAGACUGAGGAAUUUGACGUUAUCUAUCGAGAAUAUAUCAAGAUAGUAAAGGAUCCCUCAACAGUAAUUUGCUUGUACGAGCGUGCAGUGUUGCCGUUGUGCCUGUCGCCAAACAUAUGGGCGCAGUAUUGUGCUUAUGUCAUAAAGUUGGGUGAUGCGGCACUCAAAGUGAGUGACAGAGCUUUGCGGAACUGUCCUUGGAGUGAGGAGCUAUGGAUUUGGAAAUUGCGCGUUAUGGAGUGGUUACAGAGAGACAAUAAGGAGAGCCUAAUGAGCUAAUAGAUAAGGAGCUUAUUGCCAGCGAUGGUAAAGGAACUGAGUUGCUUUGAACAAGCUCUCCAAAGUCUUUCACCUAGCCCAUGCCUGGACUUGUGGCUAUCUUACCUGGAAUAUUCACGUAGAAACGAAAAAGAUGGCGCAAAGCUAGAGAAACUUUUCUCUGACGCUGUCGAGCGAUUGUGGGAGCACGACGCGCAACGUAAAAUAGCCAGAUUUUACGCUAGGCUCUUGGCUAAGAAAGAGAAUAUGCAAGCAGCUAGAAAGAUAUGGAGUGGCAUUCUGGGUGAUGCUACAAAUAAAGGUUCGGCAACGGCAUGGCUGGAAUUUGCGAAUUUGGAGCGGCAAUAUGGGGAAGUAAACCAAGUACGAUCUAUAUACAAAAGAGCUCUGAGUGCUUGUACAGAAUGGCAACAGGCUAUUGUGGACGAUUGGUUGAUGUUUGAACGUGAAAAUGGCACCUUGGAGGACGUUUUGAAAUGCGUAGAGACCUGUAAGAGUCUUGUAAAGGUAUAUGCCCAGACAUACUCGAAUCAGAAUAAUCAGAGUAAUGAUGAUACUCGUAUGGACACCAGCGAUGUCAAAAAAGGAACCAAACGAAAACAGCAUAGAGAAGAGUUAGGACAAAAGAAAAGAAUGAAACCAGACAAAACUCACGAAGACAAAUCACCUCAACAAAAAAGGUUAGAGAAGGAUCCCAAAACAACUGUUUUUGUCAGCAACUUGCACAGUAGUGUUAAAGAAAAGCAAUUGAAGGAGCUAUUCCCGAAUGCCACAGAAGUGGAGGUUGCAUAUGACAAGAAAGGACGGUCUAGAUGUUACGGGUACAUCAAAUUCGCCAAAGAAGAAGAGACGAUGACAGCCCUAGCGAGUGACAGAAUCCCAUUGGACGGCAGACCAGUGUUCAUAUCUGAACUGAAACCUGCUAAAAUGGAGCGAAAACCUGCCUUUAAGUAUUCCACGACGGUAGAAAACAACAAAUUGUUCGUGAAGGGACUGCCUGUGACGAAAACUAAGGAGGAAGUUGAGGAGCUGUUCAAACCCCACAAAGCGAUUGACGUGCGGGUGAUAUUGAAAAAAAGCGGACAGUCUAAAGGCCUCGCGUACGUCGAGUUCGCUAACGAAGCAGAUGCACAAAAGGCGUUGAAAGCUACUGAUGGAAUGAAGGUGGACGACCACGAAAUCAGCGUCGCAAUAAGCGCGCCCCCGCCCAAAAAAGAGAAGAAACCAGAGGUGCCAGAACCAUCCAGGCACGCGAGAAGCCGUCUGCAGGUCCCGUUGAUACCCAGAUCCCUCCAGGUGAAAAGCGCGACUGAAAAAUCUGGUUCCACCAAUGGAAACGCUGCUGUUAGCACUGCAGCACCAAAAUCGAACGCUGAUUUCAGAAAUAUGUUGUUGAAAAAAUAAUUAAAUGUUUUGUAAGUUGUAAAUUUUAAGUUUAUAUGUGGUUAGAUAUUGCAUAUACAUAUUAAAGAAAUGAAAGAUUGUAUAUAAAAUUGUUUAUUCGCUCAUAUAAAACAAAUUCGCCCAAAGGCUAUAUUGCGACACAAAUAACAAAUAGACAUAGAUUUUAGUCAGAAUUGUCCAAAAGACACUCCAAAAUAAUAUAACACUAAAUAAAAAUAAGAUCAAAAGAUCUAGAAUAAGAUUUUUCUUCGAGAAUAAAAUGUGAAAAAUUUUAAAGAAUAAUAAGC